GCCACGAAGUGAAACAGUAAAUACCGCAGCUCCUAAUGGCGCUAUUCUUCGCGUUUGCGUAAUAUUUACACUCCGGGCAGCGUGAUAACUGCGUUGGGGACGUUCGCCGACGCGUCUGUUGCGCUUUGCGGUGCAUAAAACUGAGCUCGGUCCCCAGGCGGCUGAACAGAGUAGAACAAUCCAGUAGGCAGCGAGCGGACGACCCAAACACGCACGGUCUGCGGGACUGCAGCGCGUUGACAGCGUUGGACAAUAACACGCCGAUCUUGGCCGGUCAACAAUGUGACCGAGCGAGGAGCGCGCCGGAGCUGAGGACUGUCGGAAACGCACGGCAGCCAACUUUGGCCGCCGUGCGAGGCGCGCCAUGGCAUCGCAGCCAAGUGGUUUCAAUGAGGAAAGAAACCGUCUCCGCCUCCAAGCAUGGGAACAGAGGAACCAAGAAAUCAGCCAAACCAAAGAACUCAAAGCUGAAAAUGUGCCACUCUUUGGGGAACCAUACAAGACAAACAAAGGGGAUGAGCUCUCGAGUCGAAUCCAGAGGAUGCUGGGUAGUUAUGAAGAUGGAAAUCAUCCCAGUCACGUUCCCACUGACCCUUCUCCUUAUGCAACGGCCUCACCGUCAGAUCAGUGUCCGCCUGAAAAAGCAACCAAACCUCCAUUACACCCCCAGGCCCCUCACGUGACCACCCAAGCCCCAAAAGGCUCCAGUAGCAACGUUUACUCCUCUCAGCCCAUAAGGACAUCCGGUGCCUCUUCCUCUCCCAACCAGCACGAGCAUUCAUUGACUUUCUCAAACCGCAGUCAGGGUGCUCAGGUUGGCCAAUCGGCACAUGAACAAAAGACAAGUGAAGCCUUCUCAGAUCUUGGGGAUCGCAUGAGCAUUUCCCAGGAAAUGUCUGCUCAGUCCCCUGCUACUAAGUCCAAUGACUUUUUACAUUCAGGUGACCAUGAUAUUGUGGCCUUGGACACUAAGGACAUCAUAAAUAGGCACCCACUUCUAGGAUCCAUAGACCACCACCCAGUACCUUCCAGCAUCACGGAUUUUUCUACAAUAAUCAAUAAACAGUCCCCUCAAGAUGCAUCUGUGCCUCAUGCCAAUAAAACGAACCCACUGCCCUCCCAGACCUUCCCUCCACUCCUGUCAUCUAAGCAACCCAGUGCAGUGAUGACGCAGAAGCCAACAGCCUACGUGCGGCCCAUGGACGGUCAGGACCAAGUAGUCAGCGAGUCGCCUGAUCUAAAGGCUUCACCAGAGCCAUAUGCUCCUCUACCGGAGUCCAUCAACAAGUCAGACCAGGGCCAAAUCAAGGUGCUGCCACAGUUCUUGGAGACAAAGACCAAUGAAGCUCAGUGUGUAGAGGACAUCUUAAGGGAAAUGACCCACUCGUGGCCUCCACUCCUGACAGCCAUACACACACCUAGAACAGAUGAAGCCUCCAAAUCUCCACUCUCAGCCAAGGAAGUAGAGCACGUCCAUUCAUGUCAAGUGCAGAAAAGCUUUGAUCCACCACAACUCAGUCAACAAAUCCCUUUACUUUCAUUCAAAACAGCCCUUUCCAGUGGGCCAGAAUCCGCCAGCUCCAGCGGCUCAGAAAGCAGCUCGGGAUCCGAGUCAGAGAGUGAAAGUGGGGCGGAGGAGCCAAAUGAGCCCACAGUGAGCAGCGCCAUCAAGACUGAGCCCGAUGCUGCAGCUGCGAGUCGUGGUGAUUGGCAGUUGUGGAACUGGAUGAGGUCCAACCCACCGAGCUUCAGCGCCGAAGGUCGCGGAGGUGCACUUGUCUCUGAGAGUCCUACUCACAAACAGCCAGUGUCCAUUCAAAGCCCCAAGCACUCUAGUGUAGAUGUGGUCAACCCGAUCAGGGAGUCCAAGCUUUCAUCUCCACAGAAAGGGUUUAGCGGCGUCAACGCCAAACCCCAGCAGUGCAGUGAAAGCUCUCAGGACAAUUAUCAGCAGAGUUGCCAAAUGUCUCCCUCCGCUGUUUCCUGUAAACGUUCAUGCAACAUUAACUCUUUCAAACCAGCCAAGGCAGAGUGUCCAGAUCGAACCGGAGCAGCUCUCGGUAUCGAGUGUGAGGAAGAUUCAGCCGCGCGGGUUAAAGAUCCAUGUUUCACAGACAGACCAAAGGUGAAGACGAAAACGAGGCAUUCCAAAAAAUUAAAGGACAGCAGUGACGGCAAAAGAGGCGGCAAGAGGACUUUGACACACGGGUCGCUGGAGAAACAGAAAACUGGACCUGAGCCUGAACCCGAGGUCCCGCUGGUCCUACAUAGUCAUUGCCCGUCUUGUGGUGUGCGACAUCCCAAUCCCUGUUCCUGCCCCACACAGAGUCCUGCUCCGCCUGACCCCACAGUCAGACUGGGCUGUAGCAAAGUCAAAACGGAGACCAUCAGCCAGAAAGAUACCAAACUGCCACACAAGACCAGCCACAAGCACUCAGAGAAGACUGGUCACAGAACCAAAGUUCCUAAGGAGCACAGCGGGCCUCCCAAGGCCCUGCUGGUGAAGAUUGAUCUCCUUCUGCUCUCAAGAUUUCCCAGGACCUCCAGCAGCCACCAGGAAGUAGUCCACCACACGAAGAGAUCAGCUGUGGUCACGCAGCAAGACCGUGCUUCUGCAACUCACAAACGCACCACAGCCAGCAAAAAGAGCAAUCCUAAAAACGCUGAGGUGGACAAUGACUCUCACCCAAGAAAGAAACAAAAGCUGGAAAACAAUAAUACCUCAUCAACUCACGGUUCUACCAAACUGGAAAGUUCCAGCAAUCCAGCAGAGGAACGGGAGCAUAAGAAGGCCAAGAGGAGCCAUGUACAUUUGCAGCAGCCUGUAACACCCGUGAACACAUCUACAGACUCGAAGUUACACAAACACAAGUCUGGGGACACACAGGAGUCCAACAAGGAGGCUGCAAAAAGCAAGCACAAAAAGAGGAGCAUGAAGCAAAGCGAGUACCCACGCGUUGAAAAGCAGAAGGCCCUGAAGAGCAUCCCCUCCGACCCACCAGCUCCACAGCCCAGCAGAGAAGCCUCAGCCAGCAGAGCCCUGCUCAGAUUUGAAGAGAGGUCGUAUCCAGUGAAGCAUUAUAUAAAAGAGGCCAAACGACUGAAGCACAAAGCAGAUGCAGAAACGGAUAAGCUCAGUAAAGCUUUCAACUACCUGGAUGCAGCCAUGUACUUUGUGGAGAGUGGCAUCGCCAUGGAGCGAGAUCCACAGAUUUCAGUGUCCUCCUACACCAUGUUUGCAGAGACGGUGGAGCUGCUCAAAUUUGUCCUGAAACUCAAAGACCCAGUGGAUCCAUCAGCGACACCUGCAGAAAAGGACUUUUUAGCAUUAUGCCUGAAGUGCCAGUCUCUGCUGCAGAUGGCCAUGUUUCGGCACAAACACAAAACUGCACUUGAGUAUUCAAAGAUCCUCACUAAUCAUUUCAAUAGCUCUGCUCAGACUCCCUCCAUCGUAACAUUGAAAAGCAGCUCGUCUCCCGUGCCCGGCGUGUCGUCACCGGGCGGUCCUGGCUCCAGCCUCGGUGGUUUGGCUGUGGGCAGCACCGCGGCACUUCCUCGGGUUGCAUUCAACUAUGUCAACAUCACUAUGUUAUUCUUGAGUGCUCAUGAUAUCUGGGAGCAGGCAGAGGAGCUGGCACGCGGAGGCAGCGGUGUCCUGACAGAGCUGGACGCAGUGAUAGGCCCACUGAGCUUAGCUUCAACUAUGAGCUUCAUGGUUCGUUACACACGACAAGGUGUCCACUGGCUGAGGCUGGACAGUCAAAAGGUAAAGUGAGCGUGAGCUGCCUCCAGGCCUGGAUGCCUGCGGAGCCUCUGGGCUUCACUUCGUGUGGCAGACUUUUCUGUACUUGACAUGGACGCGAAUUUAUGUGCAAAACGCACACACCGAUGCCAUCUCAUUCCAUGUUUGGGAUUCGAACCCAGACACUUAUUUAUUAAUUUCUUUCACGUCUUGUUAUCCUCCUGUCUGUCCAUGUUAUUCUGUUGACUGACAUCAUGAAUAAUAUGCUGUUCAGAAGUGGCCUUUGCUAAAUUUGCAUAGAAAUGCAUGGUUACAGUGCAAGUACUACAGAGUUAUUUAUUACCUUGGGUUAGUAACAUUACUUUAGUACAUUAACUCAGGACCUGAAUGAAAUUAAAGAGCAACAACAGCAACAAACAGACUAAUUGCAGUUGUUGCUGAUCAACACUUCACUAAACAAAUCUACUUUUUUUUUUUUUUUAAUCUGCAUAUUUCCCCUCGCAUAAAUAACUGAGGAAGACAUUUCUACUCCCAAUAGAGCCCAUAACUGCGGUGUUUGUAUUUGUGUGGGAACAGCUUUUGCUGAUUAGAAAUGUUUGCAUCUUGCAAUAGGACCCAAUAGUAACAUUAAAUCAGCCUUGGGUUUUUUUAGCUUUAGUUGGACUGAAACCGACGUAUUGUGCAAUAAAUGCAUUUAUAAGGAUUAAAUUAGCUAAUCACAUUAAAUACAUUUCAAAUGUAGAUUGACCUGUGUAUAUAUACUGUAGAUCAUUGAGUGAAUCAUUUCAGAAUCAGAAUAAUGGGACUGAAGAAAAGACUAAGGAAGGUUUUUAACUUAAGGGAAGACUUGUUGGACGCAGAGUGGUUUUGGUGUCACAGUUGAUGGCAGUAGCUCAGUAUUUUCAGGGCUGUAUUUCGUAAUCAGGACUAAUAAUGGAAAGUAACUGUUUUUGAAGUUUGUCAGUUUUCAGAUUUCUUUGCUUUAUCUGACUCCAAAUCCUGAUGUCGCUGAGAAAGGGGGGAAAAAAUGAUUUAGCUUUUCUUUUGACGAAUGUGGAUUCCAGCGUGCCCCAAGACGCUUUGCAGUCACCACAAGUAUAGAAUAAUUCUUUAUAGUAUACAUUACGUGUGUUAGAGUGUUGUUUUAAGAUGGACAAGCUGAAUAAUGCAGGUCAGGACACCCAGACUUCCCCUGGACUUCAUGCUUCACUUUGAGUUGCCUUUCGAGUAGAGUGGGACAUCCACUGUGAUCAUACGGCCAUGAAAUGACAUUAGUUUACCUUUUUGCUCCUGUGGCCUGCUUUCCUAUGUUUCCCACAUAUUUGAGUUGCUAAAUGGUUUCUAAAUGUGUGGGAGUAAAAUGAAUGGCCAAACUAUGGCUUCCUAAAUAAUGCACUUUGGAGUAUGUUGUAGUUAAUUUGAAGCACUGUGGUAGUUGUUACUCUUGUGUAUUGAAAUUUUUGAUUCUAGGCAACAAAGCAGGACUUGUUUGCUCAAACUUUAAGUGAGCUGUUGUAGUUAUCACAUGGGGGAAAACUAAUAUUCAUUACGAAAUAGUAAAGAGAAACAUUAGUUUAGUGCAUUAGCCCCAUUGGAUUUUUUCGCCUGUUAAUUCAGUUGUUGUCUGUGUAAUUAAAUGACAAAAGGGCUAAACGAGGAUCACACGUUCCUAAAUUUAUUUUCUCAAACAUGAAAAGAAAUAUUUUUUUAGCUAAGACGUGACACUGGUGAAAUGAAAUUGGGAUUAUUUUAUGUACAAGUAGUCAGAAAUGACCUUAGAGUUUCUUACCACGAAUGUCUACACUGCACAUCAGGUGAAAAAUGUGGCAUCCAACACAUCAGCUUCAUCUAUAUUUUAUUUAAUUUAUUGUCUUUUCUAACUUGUGACUUUAUUUUCAUUACCUUUCCGCUGAACUUGUUUAUCAGAAUUUACAAAGUAAAACAUUGUGUAGGGUUAUUAAAAGGUGUUUUUUUUUUCCUUUUGUGAAAUGUGUAAAUAAUUUGUCGUGCAGUGUACACAGACAAAUAAACACUGGUAAUUAAU